AUAAGUUUGAGAAUUGUGUCAGUAAAUCACUUUUGAUAUAUUUAUUUAAUCAACAUUUGUCGCUUAUAUGGGUAGUCUUGAGGAAGCAUGCAUUACUGGAUUUCUGUGCAGAUUAUGCUCGCAAAUUCAUCGUUCUGUGAUUUUUAUUUACGGAGCGGAAGGAAACGAACAUGAACUAGAACAAAAGAUCAACAAUUAUCUACCAGUUAAAAUAGCUCCGACUGACCCACUGCCAAAAACAGUUUGCGAAAUAUGUAUGAAUAAAGUUAUUGAACAUCACGGUAUGAUGAAAAAAAUUUUGGAAACACAAAAGAAGUUCACUCGGAUGCGAGAAGAAGAGAUGCUUUUACGGCAACAGUUAAAUAGGAGUAAUGCAUCUCAACAAAACAGUAACAACCCUAUGCUCAGUACUGGCGGUAAUAGCAGCAGAAAUACGAAUAAUCCAUCUACUACAUCAGAGGUGACAUCUGCGGCUACUAGUAGCAGAACUAGUUCGUCACCAGCCGUAAGUCCCAUUAUGAAUCGUAGGAUCACUAGAUAUGCAUUACGUAUACAUCGUCAACUGAACAACGAUGCUGAAAACACGGAACACAAUGAGAGUAGCUCACCGUCUUCGACGGAUGACGAAAGCGAUAGUGGUAGUGCUGACGAAAAUUAACCAGUUAAAUUAUAUUGCAAAUAUUGGUUUGAGCAGCAAAAAUAAUCGGUUAUGGUAAAUAGUAUGAUGAGCCGUAUUCUUUUUCUUUUUUUGAAAAAAAUUACUCGUAAUAGUGUUUAAUCGGAACAUUACACUUGUUCCGCCUAAGGUAAUGUGACUCAUUGCAAUUGAUAAUACUAG